CCUCCUCACCGAUCAACAACAUCAGAAAUCAGAAUCACUUUGAUCAUCAUUUCAUAGUAAAAUUCACUCUCAAAAUCACAAAUCAUCAAUCACAAUGUCGCUCAUCCCCAGCUUCUUCGGCCGCCGCAGCUCCGACCCUUUCUCCCUCGAUCUCCUAGACCCCUUCCGCGACUGGCCCGUGGCCUCCUCCGGCCACGAGACGUCGCAGUUCGCGGCGACUCGGGUGGACUGGAAGGAGACGCCGGAGGCCCACGUGUUCAAGGCCGACGUGCCCGGCCUCAAGAAGGAGGAGGUGAAGGUGGAGGUGGAGGAAGGGAACGUCCUCCAGAUUAGCGGCGAGCGCAGCCGCGACAAGGAGGAGAAGAACGACACGUGGCAUCGCGUGGAGAGGAGCUCUGGAAAGUUCCUCAGGCGCUUCCGCCUCCCGGAGAAUGCGAAGGUUGAUCAGGUGAAGGCGAGUAUGGAGAACGGGGUGCUGACGGUGACGGUGCCCAAGGAGGAAGUCAAGAAGCCUGAGGUCAAGUCCAUUGAUAUCUCAGGUUGAGAAAUGUGGUUGGAAUUUGAAUAAGAAGUGUGUUGUGUUUUAUUUUGUAAUCAUGUUUGAAUAUGUAUCGAGUCGAAUGUAACAUAUGUGCAAUGAAGUGAAAUGAAAUAAUAUCAUACUGUGUUUGUUCUA